AUGCCUUAAGUCGCGGUGUGGUUCUAUACACCAACAUAUGCAAUAAUUGCCCUACUAUUUGCCGACUAUAAAUGGCGGGAGCAUCAGUUUGUCCAAAUUUUAUUCCCCAAACCCAAUCAUCUCUCUCUCUCUCCCCUGUCGUCAACGAGUUUUACUAUUUUCAGUUCAAGUCCCUCUAAAACCCUUAAUUCGCAAAACCACCGCAAAAAUCCCAAUCUCCGAAACGCCACUGCCGAAAGGUGUACAGGAAUUUCAUCACUCGAUUCCAGCUCUACGUUGACCCUAUUUCUCUCUCUGGAUUUUCUCCUCUCGAUUUUUGGUUGCUGUGGUUCCUUUUUCGUUUUCCGUUAGGGUUUUGAUGACUUAGGAUUAUUUCGCGGGGAGGUGUUUGUUGCUUUGCGUCAAUGGAUGCCCCGCCUGCUGCUCCCGCACUCGCGCGAAAUGGCGGGUUUUCGAUGCCGUCGAUGUCGCCAUCUUCCUCCCAGCCUUCUCGCAAGGAGUGGCGAGUCGUCUCUGAGCAAUCUGUUCGAAACUCCGGUAACGAGGAGUUGGAGCGGUCAAGACUAGGUCAAUCUGAUGAGAGAUUGAUAUACGAAGUACAGCAUGGGCGAGAGCCAGUGGAUGUGGAUUUUUGCUCAAUAACUAUUGAUGGAGGUUUGGACAAUGAUAUUUUGCAGCAGAGACUUCAUGCAGUGGCGAAACAAAGGGAGGAGUUGCAGCACAUGGAGAUUGAGCUUCGUGCACAGGUCAUUGCAAGAUCCGAAAUUGUGGGAAUGCAGAAUACCUUUGAUACUCAGUUAAAAGAGCAAGCAAAUGCCAAUAUUAAACUUCAGGAGCAACUGCAUGAAAAGGGACAGAAGAUACAUGAGCUGGAGAGAAAGUUGGAAGAAACGGAAAGAGAGUUGCAUGCGAUUAGAUUGGAUAAUGAAGCGGCUUGGGCCAAAGAGGAUCUUUUAAGAGAACAAAGCAAAGAGCUCCAGAGCUACAGGAGGGAGAGAGACAACUCUGAAGCUGAAAGAGUGCAACAUAUCAAACAAAUUCAUGAUCUUCAGGAACAUAUUCAAGAGAAAGACCGCCAGUUCAUGGAGUUGCAGGAACAGCACAGGAUUGCUCAAGAAACCAUUCUUUAUAAAGAUGAGCAAUUACGUGAGGCACAAACCUGGAUAACUCGUGCCCAGGAAAUGGAUGCUUUGCAGUCAACUACUAACCACACUUUACAAGCUGAACUGCGAGAACGCACAGAACAUUAUAAUCAACUCUGGCUUGGUUGUCAAAGACAGUUUGGGGAGAUGGAGAGGCUUCAUUUGCAUAUACAACAACUCCAGCUUGAAUUGGCCAGUUUAAGGGAAAAGAGUGGGAGUAAUUUAGAUGGUUCACAUUCCUCGCAAACAAAUUUGAAAGAUGCUUCUGAACUUGGGCAGAGCAGUGACACCCAGCUGGAGGUGAAUGGUAAUGGUUCUCCUGGUGACAACACCGGUGGUCUACAAAAUGGAAAUUCUGAGAUUGCAUCUGGAGGAAUCCCAUCAACACAGGCCGACCAUGUGCAUGGUGUUGCAUUUGCUCCAUCCCUGCUUGGUAUGCCAACUUACAUCCCACCUGGACAGGUGGCUGCUUUGCAUCCAUUUGUAAUGCAUCAACAAGGUCUACCACACCCAUCGCACGUCAUGCAGUCUCAUCUUCACUCUGUACCUGCAAUGUCCUCCAUCCAAAACUGGCAUAACCAAAAUGCUCAACCAGAUGGCCAACAUGUGCCUACCCAUGACCAGUAUCCUCAGGAAACCGAACAAAACUUAUCUAGAACAGAUUCCCGUUAUGACUCUGGAACUUCAGGGAAUGGGAAAAUUGAUCUUGCAAACUAUGUGGAUAGCAAUAUCAGUCGAGGGUUAGAUACUGAUUCUGUGGUUGCAUCAGCAAAUGAAGAGGUAAAGGUUCUUGAUUCUAUUGAUAAACCCUAUGACAAUACCCAAUCCCCAAAGAGCUUGCAGCAAAUUUCUUCCCAGUUUCAUGAUGCUCUCCGACUGGAUCUUCCUGCACACAGCAAUGGCACUAAGGAGAUGCAGGGCAACCCAGUUAGUGAAAUUGGAAUAAAACACAAAAGUAUGAUGAUGGAACAUCCCAACCUUGCUGUCAAUGCUUCCUCCUCUGCAGCAAUGGCUAAUGCUAAAAGUUUCAGUGAAACAACCACAGAUACUGCCUCUGCCUCCAGUGCUGAUCUGGCUGAUGGCUUUGUUUCCACUGCACAGAAAAAUAAUAUAGCAGCAAAGCCUGGGGAUAGCCAUCUACUUGAUGAAAGAGCAUUACUGGCUUCUAUAGCUCGCACAAUUGGGUCGGGUGGUAGAAUUAGGAUUAGCUCAACGCUUCCUAAUAGACUUGCAAAGAUGCUGGCCCCUCUUCACUGGCAUGAUUACAAGAAGAAGUAUGGAAAGCUUGAUGAUUUUGUCGCCAGUCAUCCUGAAUUGUUUAUUAUCGAGGGCGACUACAUUCAGCUCCGUGAAGGGGCACAAGAAAUCAUAGCUGCCACAGCAGCUGUUGCUAAAGUUGCAGCUGCUGCUGCCGCAACUCCAACUUCAUUACCCUCUGCCCACUGA